CUGUUUCCCAGCGUUCUGCUUUCCAGUCGUGGGCAUUGUCUGCUGAAGGAGGAGAUAAGUGAAGGAAGGUGUUUUGAUGACUCAAGAGCUACGCCAAACACGCAUCAAGUAAGCAAAAUGGAUGAAGAAGGCAUCAGAAAACGAAGUUCAAAUCAAGAACCUGAUGAAACGCCCAUCAAGAAAAGCAAAUCUAUGAAUCUACAGAAAGAGGUGGGCCUUCUCAGUGGAAUCUGUGUCAUUGUUGGGACAGUGAUUGGUUCAGGGAUCUUUGUUUCUCCAAAGUCCGUUCUGGCUAACGUUGGAGCAGUUGGGCCCUGCUUAGUCAUCUGGGCAGCCUGUGGAGUGCUUGCUACGUUAGGGGCACUGUGUUUUGCUGAACUUGGCACAAUGAUAACAAAAUCAGGAGGAGAAUAUCCGUACCUCAUGGAAGCCUUUGGCCCAAUCCCUGCAUAUUUGUUUUCCUGGGCAAGUCUCAUCGUCAUCAAGCCCAGUUCCUUUGCCAUCAUUUGCCUCAGCUUUGCUGAGUACACAGCGGCUCCGUUUUAUCCGGGUUGUGACCCCCCCACAGUUGUCAUCAAGUGUCUGGCAACAGCAGCCCUUGUUACAAUUACUCUGGUAAAUGCCCUGAGUGUGAAGUGGGCGAGCUACGUGCAAAACUUUUUCACUGCGGCUAAAAUGGUGAUUGUCAUAAUUAUCAUUGUCAGUGGGAUUGUUCUUCUGGCCCAAGGAAAUACAAAGAACUUCAACAAUUCGUUUGAUGGUCCCCCGCUUUCUGUGGGCGCCAUUUGUCUUGCAUUUUAUAAUGGACUCUGGGCCUAUGAUGGAUGGAAUCAACUCAAUUAUAUCACAGAAGAACUUAAAGAUCCUUAUAGAAAUCUACCACUCUCUAUUGUUAUUGGAAUCCCUCUGGUCACAGUUUGUUACGUUCUGAUCAAUAUAUCCUAUUUCACGGUUAUGACAUCAACAGAACUUCUGCAGUCUCAAGCUGUUGCUGUGACAUUUGGAGACAGGGUUCUUUAUCCUGCUUCCUGGAUAGUCCCUCUUUUUGUGGCUUUUUCUACCAUCGGGGCAGCCAAUGGGACUUGCUUUACUGCUGGCAGGCUUGCUUAUGUAGCGGGUCGUGAAGGACACAUGUUAAAGGUGCUCUCUUACAUCAGCAUUAAGCGCUUAACUCCGGCGCCUGCUAUCAUCUUUUAUGGUGCAAUAGCUAUUAUUUAUAUAAUUCCCGGAGACAUCAACACCCUCAUCAACUACUUUAGCUUUGCAGUUUGGAUAUUCUAUGGUCUAACUGUGCUGGGACUCAUUGUCAUGCGCUUUACAAGAAAAGAUCUUGAAAGGCCUAUCCGUGUACCUCUUAUCAUCCCCAUCCUUGUGAUGUUUGUUUCCAUUGUGCUGGUUCUGGCACCCAUCAUCACUGCACCUGAGCUGCCAUAUCUGUAUUGCGCUCUAUUUAUUAUCAGUGGACUUGUCUUUUAUGUACUUUUCAUCCACUUCAAAUUCAGCUGGGCUCAAAAAGUCUCAAAGCCCAUCACUAUGCACCUUCAGAUGCUUAUGGAAGUAGUUCCACCAGAAGACGUUCCUGAACAACAUUGAAUUUUUCCAUCAUUAAAAAGGCUAGAUCCUGGAAAUGGUUCACCAGGUAUGCUACAUCAUGUCCACAACUAUAGGUCUCAAUGCUGAGGAUAGGGGACAUUUGUGAGACAGUAAGUGUCCUGAAAAAGACACCGUUCUGUUCUUUCCCCCUGUAAAAUGCAUUCAUUUUUGUAACACAUUGAAUUCAGGGAUCUGCAACAUCUUAAGAAAAUAUCUGUAUGGGGAGAAAGACCUGAGGAGUUGUAGGCCAUGGACUUGAUUUCAGGUAUGGAAUUUCCACAUUAUUUUCUCAGCAAGCUGAAAGGACGGAACAUGCAGUAUUACAGUGCCAUCUACCAGCAAACAAACAUGGAAGCGCAAAGAUGAAAUCUCAUCUCUUAAAUGUCUUACAGAUUUAUAAAGGGUAGAAACCCAAAUGAAAUGGCAGGUGAACAUCUGGGAGGGAGAAAGACAUGUGAUCUAGACAUAAUCCAUAUGAUAUUGACUCCAGCGGUUGAAGAGGUCAAGAAAAGUAAUACACUGGACUUUUCAAAGUAUGCCUCUGCCUUGACACAAUGAAACAUGAGCAGAUGAUGGGAAGUAUCUCAACACUGGAGCAGAUUUUUUGCAGGCACAAUGGUUUGUGUAUUAGAUGGGGAGAGUCUUCCCAGCAUGAGGCUUAAGGGCAGAUCCUUGGUUGCCCAUGGAAGGUUGUUUUGGCACUCAGGGAGCCUCAGCUUGGUUUGCUGCUGUCAUGUCUCUACCUCAGUAUCCUGCACAGCUGCAUCUUUUGAGAAGGAGUGCAUGCAAAGACAGAAGCUUAAGCAACAUUUUUAAUCUACCGUAAUUCCAAAGGAAAGACAAGGAGACUUGUAGCACCUUAAAGAUUUAAUGGAUUUAUCACAACAUCCUUAAAGAACUUUUGCCACACCAAUUUCCCUACUUGCAAAAUGUCUUCCCCUCCAAAACAAAGUUGCCACUAGGCAGAUUUCAACUUGUGUGCCAGGCUAAAACCUGUUUAUUUACUCAGGUUUAAUUUGUAGUAACUAUCACCCAUGUUUUAAUGUUUAUCCACUUUCUCCAGUGCAGUUGGAUUUGUUGUUUUAAUUGUUGUACCCACUCUGAAAUCCUUGACUAGAGUGGGUUACAUAUAUUUUAAUUAAAUAAAUACAAGCAGAUUUAUUACAGAAUAUGUUAGACUUUUAAAAGUGCCAAAAGCCUCUUUGCUGCUACAGAUUAACACAGCUACCUCUUGGGAAGUUAGUAAAAGUAAAAAUGGGCUGUGGUUGUGUAGGCUGGAUCCAUGAAGCUACAUCUUGGAUCUGGCUACCACCAUUCCUCUUAACCAUUGGUUUGGGAUCAGGGUUCCACAAUAUGUUUGUUUGGGAUGUGCAAGCUAGGUUUUCCAUGCUGUGCUUAGCUGUUGUCUCAUUACUCUCUCCCUCCCUUCCUCUGGCCUUCUCUAGAUCCCUUGUGCACUCUGAAAAGUCAAAGCAUUACUUUUUUGUGACUUGUUGCAAAUGCCUUUGGUAUAUUUUUAUUACAUUUUCUAUUUAAUUAAUAAAUAGUUUCUUAAAACUCAAAGACAUAAAGGCUGGUUUUAAGAGUGUUCUUUAUUGCUUUUCUAACAGGCAUAAAUAACUUUUUCCAUAAGUAUUCAUAUGAAGUGCCAAGUACUUAAACCAUCACCAAUCACCAUAUUAUUCUUUUCAUUAGAACUCCCUGUAUGAGGGUUCUGAGAAACUGCAGGGCUGUGUUCCCCCUGGUUCUAUGCUAAAAACCAAACAAAAUUUUACAUGGCAGAUGAAACUGCUAGUUUCUUAAUUUUCAAAAUAAAAGGAGCAGCAAGGGUCCCACAUUGGAUAGGUGGACUGGCAGGAGAAACAGAAACAGGAGGAG